UUUUCAUUUUAGGCCAAAUACUCUAUCAACGAUCCAGUCGUGAUUCAAGAUACUGUUCACAUAGCUACCAAAAUUAAAACUAGGCUUCUUAAACCUGAUACUGUAUUACCUAUGGGGAAAUAUUUUGUUUCUAAGCAGCAUUUGUCUGCUCUAAUUCAAGAGGUUACUAAGGACAAACAUCAUUUGACUGCUUAUGAUUUAGAAGGGAAAGAUAAAAUGAAUUUUGAAAGCAUAAAUAAGUUGAGCGAUAAUCGCGUUCUUGAGCUUCCAAAAGAUAGAGAAGAUGCAACAGGAACUCGAUAUCUGUUGAAAAUCACCAGAUAUAUCUUAGAUGCAUUUUUGAUAAAAUCUCUGAGUAAUGAAAAUCGAGUUUACAAUAUAUGGUAUGUUGUGUUUUUCCUUCGAAUUUGGAGAUAUUGGCUCAAAGAGAUUAUAAAAGAGAAGAAAGAGUUUUCUUUAAAAGAGAAUUGGUUGACUUCUAAUUCCUAUACAGGCAUUGAAUUGAAUGCUCAUGGUUUGUUGAUCUUGCUGGUAAAGUGUCAUGAAAAAAGUGAACAGUUUUUACCCUGGUUGUACAGUAGUCAACCUUGUGAGAAAUUUUUUCGGCAAACACGAUCAAUGACGACAACUAACUCGACCAUUGUUAAUUUUGACAUGUUGGACCUACUUUACCGAAGAAACCGUAUCCAAGCCAUUGAUGAUAUAGUUGCAGAUUCAGAUGAUAGUUUCGUAUUUGCGAGAGAAAAAAAUUCGAAAAUGGGAACUUCAUCAAGGUCAGAGGCGACUCAUAGAACCACGAGUCUAAUUGAACUAAGGAUAAUUUUAGAACAGGCCGAAAAAGAUGCUAUAAUGGAUACAUCAGCUGUGGGAAUGCUUUUAAGAGAACAUAGUUUGAAGGAAGCGUUAGCCACAGUUUCUUUAACCCUACAUUACUCGCGUGGUCUACGAUUGUAG